GUUUCCUGGGUGAUUCGACACGCUACGCUUACGCAGGACGACAACAAUAACCAAUAUGGCGGACACCUGUCAAAAAUUAAUCGGAUAAUUGGUUAACAAUUGGAGCUUACAGAUUAGAAAAAUAGAAGGAGCGCUGAUUUGAUUUUCCCGUUCUUACACCAGCUUUGACAGUUGGUAAAAAAAUACACAAGAAAAAUGACGUCCACGGCUAUGGCUCAGCUAGACGCUAACAUGAAGACGAGGCUCCGUCACACACAACACUCAAAGCUGGCAAUCACGCUAAAUGACAGUAAGGUGCUUGGAAGAAUUACAGAGAUGAGAACAGAGAAAGUGCGCGAGUCUGGGAAGUUUUCCACCAAUAAAAUGAAGACGCAUAACAGCGCAUGGACCCCUGUGAUUAACAAGGCCUCUAAUGAGCAGAUAUUCCUGGAAAGGAGAGACCUUGUGUCCCAUUGGUUUGACCUGUGGACAGACUCUCAAGCGGAAAAGAUUCUUUGA